UUCAAUGCACACUCACCAUCUCCGGCAGUGACAUUUCCGUCAUAAUUUCUUUCAUCAUCACUUCCGAAACACACACACACACACGCACUAUGCAGUCUUCAUCACUUUCAUCCAAUCAUCAUAUAAUAACUUCACUACACUACAAAACAAAUUUACACUUUUCAUCCUCACAUUUAAACCCCAUUUCAAAUCUCACCCCUCUCACUUCACUCCCCACGAAGCCCAUCACAUAUCACCACAGACCCAGUUACAAAACCCAUUAUUUUCUACCCCCACUUCUCUGCGGCAAUUCGUCGAACACCUUGAGUGCAUUUGAGGAAAAUAGUGAAUUUGGUGAAAAUAAAAAGAAAAAUGAUAAUAAUGGGGGUUUUAGGGGUUUAGUGGAAGUGGUAGGAGAAGGGAUAUCGACUGCGUUUCCGAUAUGGGUUGCUUUGGGUUGUUUGAUAGGUUUAGUUAGACCGAAUUCGUAUAAUUGGGUUCAGCCCAAAUGGACUAUGAUGGGGAUUACUUUUACUAUGCUUGGAAUGGGAAUGACACUUACUUUUGAUGAUCUGAAAGGGGCUUUAGCUAUGCCUAAAGAGUUGUUUACGGGUUUCGUUCUUCAGUAUUCGGUAAUGCCAUUAUCAGCAUUUUUCAUCAGUAGAAUUUUAAAUUUGCCAUCGUAUUAUGCCGCAGGAUUGAUAUUGGUUGGCUGCUGUCCUGGGGGAACCGCAAGUAACAUUGUGACCUACAUUGCACGCGGAAAUGUUGCCCUAUCGGUUUUGAUGACUGCUGCAAGCACUGUAUCUGCCGUGGUUAUGACUCCUUUAUUAACUGCCAAAUUAGCUGGUCAAUAUGUUGCAGUAGAUGCAAUUGGACUCCUUAUGUCCACACUGCAGGUGGUACUGCUUCCUGUGUUGGUGGGUGCAUUUAUGAACCAAUAUUUUAAAGGGGCUGUGAAAUUUGUAUCUCCAUUGAUGCCACCGAUUGCUGUGGCAACAGUAGCUGUACUUUGUGGGAAUGCUAUUGCUCAGAGCUCGUCUGCAAUCCUUAUGUCCGGUCAACAAGUGGCACUUGCUGCAGUUCUCCUUCAUAUAUCUGGAUUCUUUUUCGGUUACCUUCUUUCAAGAGUUCUUGGAAUUGAUGUAUCUUCUUCAAGAACAAUAUCAAUCGAGGUUGGCAUGCAGAACUCGGUGCUUGGUGUGGUUCUUGCUACACAACACUUUGGAAAUCCCUUGACUGCAGUACCAUGUGCAGUUUCUAGUGUUUGUCACUCGAUCCUUGGGAGUGCGUUAGCAGGAUUUUGGAGACGAAUUCAACCUGAAUCUCAGGAAGGGAAAUGUGACCCAUGAAUGUGAAUCUUGUUAUAUAAUCUGGUUUUUCAUUAGGCGCUGCUCAUCUUCUUGUAUUACCAUCAGGUCACCAUUGAUUGAAAUUUUGUGGCGCCAUAUUGUUUAUGUAUCCCUUACAAUUCUCUUUUUGAUUAGAACAUAUUCUGCCUAGUCUGUACCAAUCGUCUUUGAUCAAAUCAAGGGGUAGGCAAGGUGUUUUUGUAUUGUUGUUGAACAAGUUGGUAUUAAAUGUAUCAAUCGAGACUACUAUUGAACAAGGUGAAUUACGUUAUCAAUGAUA